AUGGUGUCAAACCCAACAUGGAGUGAAGAGGAUGGUGACGAAGAGUUAAGAGCCGAAGACGUUACUCCAGCAAGAUUUAUUCGACUAAGGGAUAACACACGGAUGCGUGUAAGGAACAAGCCAGCAGUAUUACGCACGCGAUACUUUACAUUAAACAGUGACAAAGAAUCUUACUAUUACAGCUUAAUAGUAUGUCACGUGCCAUUCCGUGACGAAAGUGACCUUCUGCAUGAAGAGGAAACUGCUGAGGCGUGUUUUAUUCGGCGACAACGAGAACUUCGCCCGUUACAGGGCAACGUAAGUGCAGAAGAGUUUGCUCACGCGGAACAGACCAUACUACAGGCGCUUGCCCAAGCAGUCGCACUCAAUGCUGCCCGUGAAACACAUGAUGUUAGUGCCCCUUUAAUUUGUGGUGGUGAACAAAUCGUCAAUAAUAUUGAUGACAAUUAUUGUGAAGAUGUAGAUGAAAGAUCUACAAUGUCUGAUGAAAUCUUCUUGGCUAGCAUCAGAGGAUUAAAUGUGCAACAGAAAGAUCUUUUCCAAAAAGUUUCUGUAGCUGUCGAGAAUGAUUUACAUGGACAAGAUGGGCAAUUAUUAUUUUUCAUCACUGGUGGUGCAGGUAGUGGGAAGUCUUUCGUCUUGAAAUUACUUGUGGAACAUAUAAAACGGUGUUAUGCACCUACAGUUGACGUAUUGCUCAAGGCAAAAUUUGUUGAGGUCGGAUCUUUGACAGGUGUCGCUGCGCGUCAAAUACUUGGAAAAACCUUACAUUCAAUAUUCUCACUUCCGAUUGAAAAAGGAAAUACCAUGACAUAUAAAAAACUCACUGGUCAAAAGUUAGAGAAUGAAAGACGAAACUGGCGUCAUAUUAACUUGCUGAUCAUUGACGAGAUAUCGAUGGUUUCCUACGAGAACUUACGCAUUAUACAUUUGCGUCUCCAAGAAUUUAAAAACAAUAACAAGUUAUUUGGAGGGGUACACGUACUGCUUUUUGGAGAUAUUCUUCAACUACCACCAGUAAAAGGACAUUGGUGUUUUAUUCAACCGCCAUGGUUUUCGGCCGAAAUUAAUUUAUGGCAGCAGUUCUCCUUUUGUGAACUGACCAUCAACAUGCGCCAGCAAAACGAUAUUGAGUUCAUCGAUCUUCUCAAUAGCCUACGAGUAGGUGAUUUAACAACGGGUCAUCUGGAGUUACUCUGUGAGCGGCGACACGUGCCUAUGUCUGGUGAUUUUGCUGAUGGUGUUGCAGUCCGUAUCUUCCCCACAAUACGUCAAGUAGACAAUUAUAAUGAUAAAAUGACCGCUGAAAAUUCCAAAACUAACCGAAUGUACACCAUAAAUGCCGUAGACGAGUCUCGCGAGGUGGCAACUUAUGGCAUAAAACCACCAGACAAUGUUAUACCUAAAGACAUUAAUAACUGUGGUGGUUUUCUACUAAGUUUAAAAUUGGGUGUCGGAUCACGAGUGAUGUUGAGACGUAAUAUUUCGGUAUCCGAUGGGCUCGUAAAUGGUGCAAUGGGCAUUGUCAAAGCAAUAAAAUGGCCUGCUCUGCGGCGAGAUCAACUGGAGGAAGGCGAGUUGCCUGAAGCAGUACUUAUACAAUUUGAUGACGCGACUAUUGGGUUAAGAAUGAAGGAUAAAGAUGGAUACAUAUCAAUUUCACCUGUUUGUACCACUUUCCAAGCGCAGAGGGGAUAUGGAGACGUCGAGCGAAGAAUGUUACCGCUAAUUUUAAGCUGGGCAGUAACAGUGCACAAAUUGCAAGGCACCACCCUUAAUACGGCUGUAAUUGAUUUGGGGAAGAAAAAUUUCGCAAAAGGGCAAGUUUAUGUGGCUCUUAGUCGCGUCAAAACAUUAGAUGGCAUUGCUUUGUCCGAUUUGGAUGCUAAUAAAUUAUUAAAUCGACCACACGACGACAAAGCUCUCACUGAAAUGAUGAGAUUGCGUAAUCUUAGUGAAUAG